UCCAACCCCUCUCAGGAAAUCAUUUCCACUUCAUUUCAUUUCAUUUCCAUUUGCAUUUCAUUUGGUUUCCUCUCUUCACUUCCCCGUAACCGACUAACAACCUCUUCAGAUCCGUUUCCCCAUCACUACUAACUAACAUGGACACUCACGUGAAUGGUGAUGCCACCUUCUGUUUGAGCGCCAACGGUCAGGUGCCACGUCACGACCCAUUGAACUGGGGCGUCGCAGCCCAGGCUUUGGAGGGGAGCCACUUGGACGAGGUCAAGAGGAUGGUCGCCGAGUACCGGAAGCCGACAGUUAAGCUUGGCGGCGAGACUUUGACUAUAUCUCAGGUGGCCGCCAUUGCUGCCAAGGACCAAGGUGUCGCCGUCCAGCUCUCCGAGGAGUCCAGACCUGGGGUUAAGGCUAGUAGUGACUGGGUUAUGAAUAGCAUGAACAAUGGUACGGACAGCUAUGGUGUCACCACCGGCUUUGGUGCCACUUCUCACCGGAGAACCAAACAGGGCGGUGCCUUGCAGAAAGAGCUCAUUAGGUUCUUAAAUGCUGGAAUAUUUGGCAAUGGAACAGAGACAAAUUGCACAUUGCCACACACAGCUACUAGAGCAGCAAUGCUAGUGAGGAUCAACACACUCCUCCAAGGCUACUCAGGAAUCAGAUUUGAGAUCUUGGAAGCCAUAACCAAGCUUCUGAACAACAACAUUACACCAUGUUUGCCACUUAGGGGAACAAUCACAGCCUCUGGUGACCUUGUUCCAUUAUCAUACAUUGCUGGUUUGUUAACUGGCAGACCAAAUUCAAAGGCUGUUGGACCCAAUGGAGAGAUCCUUAAUGCAAAAGAAGCAUUCCAAGUGGCCGGAAUCGGAUCCGAGUUCUUCGAGUUGCAACCUAAAGAAGGCCUUGCACUGGUGAAUGGCACUGCUGUUGGUUCCGGACUAGCCUCAAUUGUCCUAUUUGAGGCCAAUAUCCUAGCUGUCCUGUCGGAGGUUCUUUCGGCCAUAUUUGCGGAGGUGAUGCAGGGGAAGCCAGAGUUCACUGACCAUUUGACACACAAAUUGAAGCACCAUCCUGGACAAAUUGAGGCUGCAGCCAUAAUGGAACACAUUUUGGAUGGUAGCUCAUAUGUCAAAGCCGCCAAGAAGUUGCACGAGAUUGAUCCGUUGCAAAAGCCUAAACAGGACAGAUAUGCACUUAGGACUUCACCUCAAUGGCUUGGCCCUUUGAUUGAAGUGAUUAGAUUCUCAACCAAAUCAAUUGAGAGGGAAAUUAACUCUGUUAACGACAACCCUUUGAUUGAUGUGUCAAGGAACAAGGCUUUGCAUGGUGGUAACUUUCAAGGUACUCCAAUUGGUGUGUCUAUGGAUAACACAAGAUUGGCCAUUGCAUCAAUUGGGAAACUCAUGUUUGCUCAGUUCUCUGAGCUUGUCAAUGAUUUCUACAACAAUGGCUUGCCUUCAAAUCUAAGUGCUAGUAGGAACCCCAGCUUGGAUUAUGGCUUCAAGGGAACUGAAAUCGCCAUGGCCUCUUACUGUUCCGAACUGCAAUAUCUUGCAAACCCGGUGACUAGCCAUGUCCAGAGUGCUGAGCAGCAUAACCAAGAUGUGAACUCUCUUGGUUUGAUUUCAGCUAGGAAAACAAAUGAAGCUGUUGAGAUUCUCAAACUUAUGUCAUCGACCUUCUUGAUUGCACUUUGCCAAGCCAUUGAUUUGAGGCAUCUGGAGGAGAAUUUGAAGAACACCGUGAAGAACACUGUGAGCCAAGUUGCCAAGAGGACACUAACCACCGGCAUCAACGGCGAACUCCACCCAUCAAGAUUCUGUGAGAAGGAUCUUCUCAAGGUUGUUGAUAGGGAGUACUGUUUUGCAUACAUUGAUGAUCCUUGCAGUGCUACAUACCCUUUGAUGCAGAAGCUAAGGCAAGUUUUGGUGGAACAUGCACUUGCAAAUGCUGAAACCGAGAAGAAUGUGAACACCUCAAUCUUCCAGAAAAUUACAACCUUUGAGGAAGAAUUGCAGACCCUUUUGCCUAAAGAAGUUGAGGGUGCAAGAAUUGCAUAUGAGAAUGGACAAAGUGCGUUACCGAACAAGAUCAAGGAAUGCAGGUCCUAUCCAUUGUACAAGUUUGUGAGGGAGGAGUUGGGGACUGAGAUGCUAACUGGUGAGAAGGUUAGGUCACCUGGUGAAGAAUGUGACAAAUUGUUCACGGCAAUGUGCCAAGGGAAGAUCAUUGAUCCUCUUCUUGAGUGCAUUUCUGAGUGGAAUGGUGCUCCUCUUCCUUUAUGUUAGGUUUAAAGUUUGGUUUCAUCUUUUUCUUUCUGUGUUUGUAUUUUUUAUUAUAUUGCUAAGAAUUUGGUUUGUUUGUUAAGCAUGUGGGAAAUCAGAUGCAGAGAUUUGUUAAGCAUUAAGAGUGAGUGUGAUUAAUGAUGUAAUAGAUCAGAAUCUCUCAUUUGUUUGCCAUUGCUUUUUGGGCACAGAUACAAUACCCAGCCUUCUAUGUAAAGGAAGUUCUUUCACUUAAAUAAUGCUUCUAAAUUUUCA